UCUUCGCCCAUCUAAUCAGAGACGAACAUAGUCGCCCUAGGUGGCCGAGAAAAAUAAUCGUCAACCGGAGAUGCGAAAUCGGAAAAUCAGAUACUUCUUCCUACUCCUCGCCGUAGUAUUUCCGGUUGCUACACUCGCCCGGCAAUUCGUCCUCGUCAUCUCACAAGACGAUAUCAAGGACCUCGGAACUGAUGCCACCGCCGCCGCCGAAACUGAUUCCACGGAGCCCGGAUUCGACGAUUUUAUAGACUCCGAUGCGAAACCAGACCACGAGCUCGACCCGGGUUCAUGGAGCCCGAUCUUCGAGCCAGGCACGGAUCCGGUUAAUCAAGACGAGCAGGAGGCGGCGUACUACAAGGCCGUCAGGAAGAUCGUGACCGCUUCCAGCCGGGGGGACGCCAGGGGUAUGGAGGAGGCCGCGUCGCAGAUGGAGGCCGCCUCCGCCGCGGGACACGCGCACGCGCAGUCGGUGAUGGGGUUUUUGUACGGUAUGGGAAUGGUGAGGGAGAGGAACAAAGCCAAGUCGUUUUUGUUCCACCAUUUUGCUUCUGAGGGCGGCAAUAUGCAAUCAAAGAUGGCACUUGCUUAUGCAUACACUCGCCAAGAAAUGCAUGAUAAAGCAGUUACGCUAUAUGCUGAAUUGGCAGAGGUUGCUAUAAAUAGUUUUCUAAUUUCAAAGGACUCCCCUGUGAUUGAACCAGUUCGUAUACAUACUGGAACAGAGGAAAAUAAAGACGCGUUGAGGAAGUCUCGAGGAGAAGAGGAUGAGGACUUCCAGAUUUUGGAAUACCAAGCACAGAAAGGGAAUGCAGGGGCAAUGUAUAAAAUUGGUAUAUUCUACUACUUUGGAUUGAGGGGAGUGAGACGUGAUCAUGUCAAGGCAUUAUCGUGGUUUUUGAAGGCUGUCGAUAAGGGUGAACCAAGGUCAAUGGAACUUCUUGGUGAAAUAUAUGUAAGAGGAGCUGGAGUUGAGAGGAACUACACCAAGGCUUUAGAGUGGUUAUCACUUGCUUCCAAGCAACAGCUUUAUUCAGCUUAUAAUGGCAUGGGAUAUCUUUAUGUUAAAGGUUUUGGAGUUGAAAAGAACUAUACCCAGGCAAAAGAGUAUUUUGAGAAGGCCGCUGAUAACGAUGAGCCUGGCGGAUUCUACAACCUUGGGGUGAUGUAUCUGAAAGGGAUCGGGGUAAAGAGGGAUUUGAAGCUGGCUGGCAAGUAUUUUAUACUAGCUGCUAAUGUGGGUCAGCCUAAGGCUUUUUAUCAGUUGGCAAAAAUGUUCCAUACUGGUUUGGGCCUUAAAAAGAAUGUUCCCAUGGCAACUGCCUUGUACAAACUAGUUGCAGAGCGUGGACCAUGGAGUUCUUUGUCUAGAUGGGCAUUAGAGUCGUAUUUGAAGGGAGAUGUUGGGAAAGCUUUUCUCCUGUACUCUAGGAUGGCAGAGUUGGGAUAUGAAGUUGCACAAAGUAAUGCAGCAUGGAUUCUUGACAAAUAUGGACCAAGGAGUAUGUGCAUGGGAGGAUCGGGAAUUUGCACAGAUGCAGAGAGACAUCAGCGCUCCCAUGCAUUGUGGUGGCAAGCUUCUGAGCAGGGUAAUGAACAUGCUGCCCUGCUCAUUGGAGAUGCAUACUACUAUGGUCGGGGUACUGAACGAGAUUAUGAGCGUGCAGCAGAGGCUUAUAUGCAUGCAAAAUCACAAUCCAAUGCUCAAGCCAUGUUUAAUCUGGGGUACAUGCACGAGCACGGCCAAGGAUUGCCAUUUGAUCUUCACCUUGCAAAGCGUUACUAUGAUCAAGCCUUGGAUAAUGAUGCUGCAGCAAAGUUGCCUGUAACACUCGCCCUUGCAAGCUUGUGGAUAAGAAUGAACUAUGCUGACAGCUUCAUGGUUGAUAUGAUUGAUUCGUUGCUGGAAGUUUAUCCAAAACUGGAAACAUGGGUGGAGGAUGUGCUAAUGGAAGAAGGAAACGCGACUAUACUUACACUCAUCGUCUGCCUUUUAACAGUGCUUUACCUACGCGAGCGUCAACGAAGGCAUGCUGCUGCUGCUGCUUUUGUUGGAGAGGCUCCACCUCCUCAUCAGCCAGAUGAGCAGGAUAUGCCCAUUGUCAAUUAACUUAACAUUGGUGUUGUUUUGUGUUUGGAGGAGAAAUUUUUCGCAGAAAGAUGUACAGGAGCUUCAUUUCCAUCCUAUUGCUAAAAGAAGCCGGCCUUUUUGUUGGCCAUUUUCUAGUGUAAAAAAACCAUAGUCAAGGUGCAGGUAGAAGAAGAUUUCUCUUCUCUUUUUUUUUUUUUUUUUUUUUUUUUUUUUUUUUUUUUGAAGUAUUUAACAUAGUCACGUAGAUAGCCUACCACCCAAUUGAAGUUUCUUCCGGGAAAUAUACAAAGCCUUAGCUUAUUUUCAUUUUCAAUGUCUUGUUAAUUUUUCACUGUGUUCGGAUAAAUCUGAAUUUGUGUUGAGUUCUGA